GGCAGAGGUGGAGCUAUGGUGCGCCGUGUUUGGUGAUCCAAUUGUGUUUCCCCUGAAGAUUGCUUGCGAUGCGGACGUAUGGGAGUUGAAGGAGGUUAUCGUGAAUGCGAGGAAAGCCCGUCAACCCUCACUUCAUUCAGCUACGUUGACCUUGUACUGUACUUGGCUCGGAAGUACGACGUGUGGCUGAAGGGCGUCUACAAAAUGAGGGCAUUUCUACGCAAUGGUGAAAGUACCGAGUACGAGAAGACGCUACCGGGUUGGACACUUGACGAAGAAGAGUGCUUUGGAGUCGAGUCGCCCCCUCCACCCAACGUAAUCGCGAAAUGUGUCAGUAGCCGACCUGGAUUCCGAUGAACGUGACCAAAUCAUGAAGAAAAUGCCUCUAAAGACGAAUGCCCCCAUUUUAAUGAGCCAACUGACACAUCCGGAGUAUUCUUGGAUCCCAGAAGAGAACGAGGGGUGUGAGCGUGCUGGGGCCAUGACGUACUUGCGUUUGAACGAAGCUGGUGGUGUGAUGGGGACGACUAUCAGUUGUUAGAUGUCGCCGACGAUACAUCAGAUGCAUCACUGCUGGCCAUCAUGAACAGUGUCUACGAUGAAUGACCGGCGCAGCUGAUAUGUUGCUGGUUAAACGGCGAGGCCUAGCAUCCAACCCCUUGGCUGGGGUCAUGUUGGUCAUCGCUAUCAAGAAGGGAGUUCAACCAUCACAUAGUGGUCAGGCGUUGGGGCAGCUUGAGCGCUUGAGCGCCAGCCCCAAGGCCCCUCUACACUGCUACCCCAUGAGCUUGUUGACUGACCUGAACAACCACUGGGAGUUUACCUGGUUCAACGACGACCACUUCGUGGGGAGUGCGGGGAGUGAGUACCGAAGAACCCGUUUGACUUCAUUAUGGCAGCCGUGAUGGAGAGAUAUGGAUCGUUUAUUGUGCCUUUCAUGGACCAGGUGAUAAAGAAGCUUCACGGGUGACGACUUCUUGCCAUGCCUAGUGAUGUUGACGAUGAGGUGGUGUAUUGAGGGCAGACGCUUUGGAGCCCAAGUUUUUGAUGCUCUGGUAGAUCGUAGAAUAUCGGUUUAUUGCUAUAAAUAUUUAAGCAGAAGUUCCAAAUCAC